AUGCACGGGAUGUUCUUAAAAAAUUCAAGAUGGAGAAGUAAACAAGACUGGAUCUCAUGUUCGAAGCAAGUUUUUUUGUCAAGGUUUAUGCAUUAUCCAAGUCAAGUUCAUCUUCGUAUUGCUAAACAAACAUUGAGGUAUAUCAAGGGAACUGUUGAUUAUGGUAUUUGGUUUAAAGGGGAAGAGCAAGGGCAAUUGAUGGGUUAUUCAGAUAGUGAUUGGGCAGGAAAUGUUGAUGAUAUGAAGAGCAUUUCUGGAUAUGCCUUUACACUUGGUUCAGACAUGUUCCCAUGGAAUUCAAGGAAGCAAGAUGUGGUAGCUCAAUCAUCUACAGAGGCAGAAUACAUUGCUGCUGCUCGUGCAUCUAAUCAGGCUCUAUGGUUAUGA